GUAUGUCACAACUGAGUUUGAAACCUCUCACCAUCCAUCCCCCUCUCACUUAUUUUUUGUUUUGCUUAUUGUUUUUUGAAUUACUAAAAUGAAGACUGUAGGCAUUCUUGGCGGCGGUCAGUUGGGCCGCAUGAUGAUUGAGGCAGCUCACCGUAUCGGUGUUAAAUGCAUCGUUCUGGACGCACCCAAUUGUCCAGCAAAGCAGGUUGAUGGCGGUUCCUCUCAUAUAGACGGUUCUUUUAAGGACGCCGAUGAUGUGAAGAGACUGGCUGAUUUGUGUGAUGUUGUUACUACCGAAAUUGAACAUGUUAACACGGACGCUUUGGAGGAAAUUGCGACUCGGGUUGAUGUGCAACCUACAGCCGAUACUUUACGUUGUAUCCAGGACAAGUAUCUUCAAAAGCAACGCCUGAGUGCGCGAAACGUUGCUCUUCCUGCAUUUUUGGAUGCUCCAAACUCGGAUACUAUUUUAGAGGCUGCUAAGCAAUUUGGUUACCCCUUGGUUUUGAAGAGCAGAACUCUGGCUUAUGAUGGACGCGGUAAUUACGUUGUGCAUUCUGAGUCUGAAAUCCCUGAAGCUAUGAUGGCUUUGGGCAAACGCCCUUUGUAUGUUGAAAAGUUUGUUCCUUUCAAAAUGGAAAUUGCCGUUAUGGUGGUUAAGACUUUGGACGGUAAGCAUUACGCAUAUCCUACAGUUGAAACUGUUCAAAAGAAUAAUGUCUGCCAGCUCGUUUACGCUCCAGCACGAAUUUCUCCAAGCUUGCAGGAAAAAGCCCAAACGCUGGCUAAGGAAGCCGUAGAGGCUUUCACUGGUGCUGGCAUUUAUGGUGUCGAAAUGUUUGUUUUGGAAGAUGGAACCAUCUUGUUGAACGAAAUCGCUCCUCGUCCUCACAAUUCUGGUCACUACACGAUUGAGGCUUGCGCUACAUCUCAAUUUGAAGCACAUUUACGUGCUGUGGUUGGUCUUCCAUUUAACGAGGGUAACACUCAAAUGGCAACUUCCAGCACUCAUGCACUUAUGGUUAACCUUUUGGGAACGGAAGAUCCAGAGUAUGUAAAUCGCAUUGCUCAACGGUCUCUCACCAUUCCUGGCGCUACUUUGCAUCUUUAUGGCAAGGACAAGUCUACUAAGGGUCGCAAAAUGGGUCACAUAACUAUUAUUGCUGAUUCAUUGGGGGAUUGCGAAGCUCGUUAUGCUCAGCUGCUCGCGGGUGAGAAAGAAGGUGCUGAAAAGGCCAGCGUUGAAGCCAAUGUAAAGAAACCUUUGAUUGGCAUCAUCAUGGGAUCUGACUCGGAUUUGCCUGUUAUGAAGACAGCCGCCGAAAUCCUCGAGUCCUUUGACAUUCCUUAUGAAUUGACCAUUGUUUCUGCUCACAGAACCCCCACCCGCAUGUACAACUACGCACGCUCUGCUGCUAGCCGUGGAAUUCGUGUUAUUAUUGCUGGGGCAGGCGGUGCUGCUCACUUGCCUGGAAUGGUCGCUGCUUUGACACCUCUUCCUGUCGUAGGUGUACCUGUGAAGGGCAGUACAUUGGAUGGCGUUGACUCCCUUCACUCCAUCGUGCAAAUGCCUCGUGGCGUCCCCGUUGCUACUGUCGCUAUCAACAACAGUACGAACGCUGCUCUUCUUGCUGCCAAGAUACUGGGAACCUCUCGCCCUGAUCUCUUGAAGAAACUUCAAGCUUACAUGGACAAGAUGGAAUCCGAGGUUUUAGUUAAGGCCGAGAAAAUCGAGUCUCUUGGUUGGAGAGAAUACUAAAUACAACAAGCUAGCUUAAGUGAAAAACAUGGAAAUUAGUUGACUAUUAUGUAUGAACGAUGGAACAAAUUACCUUGUAACUAGUUUACUUUUUGUAGAGUACAAGAACAAAAACUAUUACCUUUGAAGAGAAGGGUGGGAUAAACUCUUGUUGACUUACCCAUAUUAGUGGUUUGUCAGAUUGUUACCAGUUAAGAACGCAAGGCAAUAAAAACAUUGACGCCCAA